CCCGCUCGCUCAACCCUUCAUCAUUCCUUGCUUCCUCCAGUCCCUGCCCUCCUCCCUCCAUCGCCCCGUUCCAUCCCCUUUCCCUUCCCUUUCACGAGAUCCCCAUCCGGCCAUCCCCACCUCUGACCGCACCUCCCAUGCCGCACUAGUUCACCCGCCCACUCCCCACCCAACACACGCCGCCCAGCGAGAUCCAGAGCCGACCGGUCGCCGGCCCUCGCCCUCCGCCCCCUCCGCAGGUGCUCGGCGGAAUGUCCCACCGCCAGCCGGCGCCAAUGCCGGACACCCUCUCGGACGCCUUCGCCGCCGCGGUGCUCCUCUCCUCCACCGACAAGCCGGACACGCUGCCCCCGGGGAGGCUCUCGCCAGUCUCCCCGCUCCCGCACUCCUCCUCCAAGCACGGGCACCAGCACCCUCACCCCACCCCGAGCUCCUCCUCGGGCUCCUCUGGCUCCGUCUCCCGGUCCCUACUCGCGCCCGCCUCCAGCCUCGCCUCGCGCCGGAGCCACUCCGGCGAGAUCCCGCUCCCCUCCGACGCGCCCCCACGCGGGACCGCGCGCCCGGGUCACCGCCGCACCGGCUCCGGCCCCCUCAUCUUCACAUCCGGCGCGUGCUCCAGCUCCGCCACCUCGCCGCUCACCAACGCGCUCCCCGCGGGCAACAUCUGCCCCUCCGGCCGCCUCGCCAAGCCGCUCCCCUCCUCCUGCUCCGCCGCUACUCCGCCACCCCCGCCCCGCGCCUCCCGCCACGACGUGCUCGGCUCCGGGACCGCCAACUACGGCCACGGGAGCAUCGUCCGCUCCCGCGCCGCCACCGACGAUGACGCGGUCCUCAGGCGCGCCAUGUCGGCCGCCGACCCCGAGGAGCUCAAGAGGGCCGGGAACGACCAGUACAGAAAGGGCUGCUUCGAGGAGGCCCUCAGGCUCUACGACCGCGCCCUCGCCCUCUGCCCCGACAAUGCCGCGUGCCGGGGCAACCGCGCCGCCGCUCUCAUUGGCCUCCACCGCCUUGGCGAGGCCGUCAAGGAGUGCGAGGAGGCGCUCCGGAUUGAUCCAUCCUACGGCCGCGCGCACCACCGCCUCGCGUCCCUGCAUAUAAGGCUAGGACACAUUGAGGAUGCUCUGAAGCACCUGUCACUUGCAAUCCCACAGCCUGACCUCCUAGAGUUGCACAAAUUGCAAACAGUGGAGAAGCACUUUGGGAGAUGUCUGGAUGCGCGAAAGGCUGGUGACUGGAAGAGUGUGCUAAGAGAAAGUGAUGCUGCUAUUGCGGCUGGGGCUGACUCCUCUGCUCUGCUCUUGGCUGCUAGAGCAGAAGCCCUUUUCCGUCUCAAUUUACUUGAUGAGGCUGAUGUUGCAAUCUCUAGUGCCUCCAAAUUGAAUUAUACAUCUUCAUGCUCCCCAGACACCAAAUUUUGCGGGUUUAUUGCCAACGCCUACCUCUUUUAUGUACAUGCCCAAGUUGACAUGGCAUUAGGAAGGUUUGACCAUGCGGUGUCCUCCAUAGAUAAGGCUAGAAUAAUAGAUCCAGGAAACACUGAAGUGAUAACCAUGCAUAACAAAGUGAAAUCUGUGGCCAGAGCACGAUCUCUAGGGAACGAGCUCUUCAAUUCUGGAAAAUUUUCAGAAGCUUGCGUUGCUUAUGGUGAAGGGCUGAAACAACACCCUGUGAAUAAAGUCCUGUACUGUAAUAGGGCAGCUUGUAGGUUCAAACUUGAACAGUGGGAGAAGUCAAUUGAGGACUGUAAUGAAGCUCUCAAGAUUCAACCUAAUUAUACCAAGGCUUUGCUCAGGCGGGCAGCAUCUUAUGGCAAGAUGGAGCGAUGGGCAGAAUCUGUGAAGGAUUAUGAGAUUCUCAGAAAAGAACUUCCAAGUGACACGGAGGUUGCUGAGGCCUAUUUCCACGCACAGAUUGCUCUCAAGUCAUCUCGUGGUGAGGAGGUAUCCAACAUGAAGUUUGGAGGAGAGGUUGAAGCAAUUAUUGGAAUGGAACAAUUCCAGUUGGCUACAUCUUUGUCAGGUGUUUCGGUCAUCCAUUUCAUGGCAGCUUCAAAUCAGCAGUGCUGCAAGAUUUCUCCAUUUGUUAACACGCUCUGUACCAGAUACCCAUCCGUUAACUUCCUCAAGGUCGAUGUGAACGAGAGCCCUGCUGUUGCACGCGCCGAAAACGUGAGGACAGUUCCAACAUUCAAAAUCUACAAAAACGGCAUUAGAGUCAAAGAGAUGAUCUGCCCCAGCCAACAGCUGCUGGAAUAUUCAGUGAGGCAUUACGGGAUUUAGGCCACGAAGCCGAUGACUUGAUGUUACCUUCCGCCUCCAGCUUCUCUGGAGCGAGCACAGGCUUUAGCCGGAGCAGAACCAGUCAAGUUCAUCUUGAUGAGGGGUAAGCAUGAGAAUGGAAAAGCGAAGAGCAACUCUUCCCCAGCAUUUUCAACCCCACAGCCCACCCCCAUUCUCCAUUUGUUGAUUACAUACCUACUCGAUUUAUUCAUUUAAUCUAUCUCGUCCGUACAUCAUUGUUGCAAAAUUUCUGUAGAACCCCCAAAAAACAUCUCCUGAUUCAUGUGAAGAAUGACUGUAAAUUUUUACUUCCAUGUUUACCAGACAACUGAGG